GAAUAUUAACUUCCGAGUCGUAGUCGACAUGCUGCGAGUGGUGGGAACCAUAUUAAAGGCGCCUAGAGGUAAAUAAAAGGGCGAAUAGGGAGGAAGAGAUGUAAAGCUAGGAUUGCUGCCCAAUGCCUUUUUAUAUGUCUUCUAUCGACAUUCAGUUUUCCAAAGAAACAGUGUCAGGCAGGCGGCUACGGUCCCUCGCCUGCUAAAAUUUGGUGUCGCCGAGUGCCGACGGGAUAAUCUAGACCUAACUUUCAAUUGCUUCAUUGUCUGCUGGCCGAAGCCUCCUGAUGAACCACAGGAAUUCAAGUAGAGGAUCACCAAGCAGCAUCGGGCUUGCCUUACCCGUGCCCGAGCCCCAAAAUGGAUGAACGGUGGACAGCCACGGCACGUGAGCGGCGCGUCUGAUGUAAUCCAGAGGCGCAAAUUGAAACAAUUUUCAGUUUUCUCUUUCCUUCUGCCAAUACAAUCCAACGCAAUACUCGCCGCGCAAUAUGGAUUAUUUAGACCCGGCAACUCGUGCAAGGGUCAUGAAUGUCAUUCAUUCUGCUGACACAGGGAAAGGGAGGCCCAUAGAAGAAUUGAUUAAAACUCAGGAAUCUCUGAAAGGACAGGAAUCUCAGCGCCUGAGAACGUACUGUACUACCCAGAUGAUGAUUCCCAACCGCGACCUUGAUGCCUACGGCACGCUGCUUGGCACCGCCGACGUCAUCAGAGUACGAGCAGAUUUCGAAAUGCGAGUAGAACGUCACCUUAAAGUCAUUUCCGCAACAUCUGUUGAUCUCGAAGCAUCCAAAGAGGCUGCUCGUGCUGCUGCGGCUGAUGAGCUCUAUCAAAUGCGCUGGGGCCCCACCCGAGUUCCAAUUUACAAUCUUUUAGGCUUGUUCACCCUUCUUUACCCGCCGGAGCGGACUUCGUAUCUUAGCAUCGCGAAGUACCUCAUUAAAACAGCUCGAGUUCCGGUAGACGGAACAGACCUUUCUGGCACCCGUGCUCUAUCACAUUGCUUUUCCACGAAGCCUGGCUUCGACCUUGAGUAUGCGCAGAUUCUCUAUGAUGCUGGCGGAGAUGUCAACUCUCGCAACCGUUACGGUUCGUCUGUCGCGCAGGAGAUCGUUCAGGUCUACAAGCCAGGUGAUCGCGAUGCUGUCACUCGCGCUCAUGCUGCAUUGGAAUGGUUUCUUCGGCACGGCGGUAAUAUCGAUCUGGCAGAUGAGGAUGGAUUCACUGUUCGGAUGACUAUCGAUCAGACCUUGCGGAAAAUACCAACGUUGAAAGGAAUUUUGAAGCUCGUAGAAGCGGAGGAUGCCAGACGGAAGGCCCUGGGGGACACUUGUUGUGCGACAUGUGCACGGACGGGGGAGAACACGACAUUGGCACGCUGUGGGAAAUGCAAAAAGGUUCGGUAUUGCGUGCCGAGGCUACGUGCUUGCCAGGUUUUAGACUGGCCAAAGCAUAAAAAGACCUGCAAGAAACUUUAGGCUAUCCGGUUUUGUAUCGUUCAGGCUUUAUAAUGUAAAUCAUCGAAAUAAUUGUCUUGGGCGACAUUAUUGUAAUUUUGUGAGUGCGGAAUAUGGGGAACGAGUCUUUGACUAACAACUUGCUGGAUAAGUUACUUACAUAUCUUACAACGAAUUGAUUUAUUAUCGUCUCGGAAUGACCGGCCCGGAAUUUCGACACAGUAUCCGUUGUGGCCUCGCGUAGUCCUAUGACCAUCCAUGGCUGAUUUGACUCCUCGAUUGUCACAAACCACGAAUUCAGGUGUUUCUUGGUGUCGGUGACUUGUCCACCAGAAGCCGAGGUUUUAGGAACAGGAACGCGUUGUGCCCCCAAAUGAUCACUGCUCGUU